AUGUUUUUAUUGAAUAUGGGGCGCGUCAUCCUGCUCACUCUCACCGUCAUGUCCAUGUUGCUGUGCCAGGGGCUUUGUUCAGGAGUUUUUGAGCUCAAGUUGCAGGAGUUUCUAAACAAGAAGGGAGUGCAGGGCAACAAAAACUGCUGCACAGGAGGCCUGGCGUCCCCUUUCCAGCAGCAGUGCGAGUGUAAGACCUUCUUCAGGAUCUGUCUCAAGCACUACCAGCCCAACGCGUCCCCGGAGCCGCCGUGCACGUACGGCAGCGCCGUGACUCCAGUCCUGGGCUCCAACUCCUUCCAGGUCCCCGACGUCUUCUCCGACAGUUCCUUCACCAACCCCGUCAGGAUUAACUUCGGCUUCACGUGGCCGGGGACCUUCUCGCUGAUCAUUGAAGCGUUGCACACCGAUUCCAAAGACGACCUCUCCACAGAGAACCCAGAGCGCGUCAUCAGCACCAUGAGCACCCAGAGGCACCUGACGGUGGGAGAUGAGUGGUCCCAGGACCUGCACAGCGGAGGAAGGACCGAACUCAAGUACUCCUACCGGUUUGUGUGCGACGAGCACUACUACGGGGACGGCUGCUCGGUGUUCUGCCGGCCACGAGACGACGCGUUCGGACACUUCACCUGUGGAGAGCGCGGGGAGAUCGUGUGCGACGCGGGGUGGAAGGGCCAGUACUGCACAGAGCCGAUCUGUCUGCCCGGGUGCGAUGAGGAGCACGGCUACUGUGAAAAACCAGGGGAGUGCAAGUGCAGAGUGGGAUUCAAAGGCCGCUACUGCGACGAGUGCAUCCGUUACCCAGGCUGUCUCCAUGGGACCUGCCAGCAGCCCUGGCAGUGCAACUGUCAGGAGGGCUGGGGGGGGCUCUUCUGCAACCAAGACCUCAACUACUGCACCCACCACAAGCCAUGCAUGAAUGGAGCCACUUGUAGCAACACGGGUCAAGGCAGCUACACCUGUUCCUGCAGGCCUGGCUUCACUGGGGCCAGCUGUGAGGUCAAGGUCAACGGAUGUGCUGGAAACCCCUGCCGCAACGGAGGAAGCUGCACCGACUCGGAAAAUACAUAUAAGUGCACUUGCCCUUAUGGUUUCUAUGGCAACAGCUGUGAGUUGAGUGCCAUGACGUGUGCUGAUGGGCCUUGCUCCAAUGGUGGGCGGUGCGCUGACAACCCUGAUGGAGGUUAUUUUUGCCAGUGCCCCACAGGAUACGCAGGGUUCAACUGUGAGAAGAAGAUUGACCACUGCACCUCCAGCCCCUGCUCCAACGGUGCACGGUGUGUGGAUCUGGUCAACUCGUACCUGUGUCAGUGUCCGGAUGGUUUCACUGGUGUGAACUGUGACCAUACUGGGGACGAGUGCUCGGCCUAUCCUUGCCAGAAUGGUGGCACCUGCCAAGAGGGGACCAAUGGCUACGUCUGCACCUGUCCGCCAGGAUACACUGGCCGCAACUGCAGCUCCCCCAUCAGCCGCUGUGAGCACAACCCUUGCCACAAUGGUGCUACCUGCCACGAGAGAAACAACCGCUAUGUCUGCGCGUGCGUCCCUGGAUAUGGUGGCAGAAACUGCCAGUUCUUGCUUCCAGAACAUGCCGCGAUCCGUGGAUCAGAAGUGCCCUGGAUGGCCAUCGGGUCAGGUGUGGCUCUGGUGCUGCUACUGCUGGCGGGCUGCGCUGUGCUGGUUGGAUUUUUCAGAUCAAAAGUUCAGCACAAUGGACAAAUAGAAACUGUGGGUGACAGAGAGACAAUAAAUAACUUGACCAACAACUGUCACCGAAGUGACAGGGACCUGGCGAUCAGCGUGCUGCCGACACCGGGCGUCAAGAACAUCAAUAAGAAGAUGGACUUCUGCAGCAGUGACCCCGAUGAAGGUUCUUCACCUGGAAGGAGCAGCUACAAAAGCCGCCAUCAGCCUACAGACUACAACCUCGUGCACGAGGUCAACUACGAGCAGGCGGCUAAGGAGGCCAUGCUGGAAGCAGGCUGCGAGGACAAGUGUCAACCCGUUGAUUCAUUUGAGUUUGAGGAGAAACGCAGCAAACGUUUAAAAUGCGAUGCAUCAGAAAAGAAAGCCCCAGAACUGUCUGCAUGUGCGGACACCAAGUACAAAUCUGUGUUUGUGAUGUCAGAGGAGAAAGACGAAUGUAUAAUUGCAACUGAGGUGUAA